AUAACGUACAUGAAGUUAGUUGCUAUUAUCUUUUACCGAAUAACGUGUAUAGUGUAUCAUGCAUACAUAUUCAAUAUUUAACUAGAAAAUUUAAGCGUACAAUGUGUAAAAUUUGUAUGACAUUGUUAAAAGAAUAAUCAAAAUUAUCUAUGAGUUAUACAUAGCCGUAGAAACUGUGAUAAAUAACAAAUGUCAAAAUGCAUCUUGAUUAAGUAUAAACAAUCCAUCUUAAUGAAUAUUAUCAUAAUUAAUGAAUAUUAUUAAUAAUUAGUUACAAUUAUGAAUGUAAUUGAGUGACUCAAGAAAUACGGAAGCAAAAUCAGCAGACUGAUGCCUAUAUUGCCAAUAGUGAAUAUGUGGGUGUUUGAUAAAGUAUCAGAUUUUUUGUAAUUAUAAUACAUUUACUAUUGUUUUCACUUUUUUCAUAAUCUAAACAUGUUUCCCAUAAUAUUUAACCUACGGAAAAUUUUAGAAGAUGCUAUAGUUGAAUAUAUCGACGUGGAUUUUACACUCUGGUUAUCAUGGCUUCUAAUGCCACUUUUAAUAACAUUCCUGCUUCCACUUGUGAUUGUAAUAUUACUAUAUUUAACUGCAUUAAUAUUGUAUGUGUAUAAGUUACACAGAGCUACAUUAAGAAAUGCAUAUGGAACAGAUUGGAGAAAUGCAGCUCGUAAUGUAGUAGCUGCAGUUUGGGAUGCCCAUGGUUGGAUUUGGUAUGGAUAUGAAGUAGUUGGGCUUGAAAAUAUACCACAAAAUGAACCAAUACUUUUUGUAUAUUAUCAUGGAGCUAUUCCUAUAGAUCUUUAUUACUUUAUAUCUAAAAUAUUACUUUUAAAUUCAAAAUUAAUUCAUACAGUAGCAGAUAGAUUUCUUUUUAAAUGUCCUGGGUGGUCUAUCAUUUCUGAUGUAUUAAAAGUUAUACCUGGUACAAUUCAAACAUGUUCUACUAUAUUGAAAGAAGGUAAUAUGCUUGCUAUCUCACCUGGUGGUGUGUAUGAAGCUCAAUUUGGUGAUUCUUACUACCAAUUAAUGUGGAAGAAACGAGUGGGUUUUGCAAAAGUUGCAUUGGAUGCUAAAGUGUGCAUAGUACCUUUAUUUACAAAAAAUAUUAGAGAAGCAUUUAGAACAAUAAGUUGGGGUAGAAGAAUAUGGUUGAGAAUAUAUGCUGCCACUAGAUUUCCUUUUGUACCUAUCUUUGGUGGUUUUCCCGUAAAAUUGACAACAUAUGUUGGUAAACCAAUUCUAUAUGAUGAAAAUCUAACACCAGAAGAGUUACAAAUAAAGGUUGCUGAUGCACUCAACAAUUUAAUAAAUCAACAUCAAAGAAUACCUGGAAGUAUAUCAUUAGCUUUAUUAGAAAGAGUAUAUACUGCAGAGAAAAGAGAAUCAUAAGUUUUAGUAUUUACUCAAAUAUUGUAUCUCAAAUCAUGGGUAUUUAAAAUGUUAUGCUUUUUUUGGUUUAAAAUUUUAUAUCUUUAAUUUAUGGUGCUUUAGUAAUAUUUAGUAGUGGGAGGUUCUAUUAAAUUUAAAGUUAAUUUUUCGAUUAUGCAAUGUACUUACUUUUUGUAGUGUAAUAAUUUAUUCGUCCUUUUAAUUAUUAGAUGAAUAUUUUAUAUAUUUUAUUUUAAUUCUUAGGUGAUAUG